GCCUCCGGAGAGAUGACACAUUGACGUCAUCGCUCCUGACGCAGAGCCAGCAGCAUCAGCAUCAGCAGCAGCAGCAGCAGCAGCAGCAGCAGCUAGCCUCCGAUCCUCCAUCUCCAGCAGAGCCUCCUCACUGGCCUCCUCCACACAGCCACGAGAUAAAAGAUAAGAUGGCCACCUCCUCCUCCGCUCUGGAAGAAGACGAGAGUUUGAAAGGCUGUGAAAUCUUCGUGCAGAAGCACAACAUCCAGCAGAUCCUCAAAGAGUGCAUCGUGAACCUCUGCAUCGCGAAGCCUGAGCGUCCUAUGAAGUUCCUGCGGGAGCAUUUUGAAAAGCUGGAGAAGGAAGAAUGCAAGCAGAUCAUGGCACGGCAGAAAUCUAACAGCCAGUCAGACUCACACGAUGAUGAGGUUUCUCCCCCGCCUCCCAACCCCGUCGUCAAGGCCCGCCGUCGCCGGGGAGGGGUCAGCGCCGAGGUCUACACCGAGGAGGACGCUGUCAGCUACGUACGCAAGGUGAUUCCAAAAGACUACAAGACCAUGACUGCUCUGGCCAAGGCCAUCUCCAAGAACGUGCUGUUUGCUCACCUGGAUGACAACGAGAGAAGUGACAUAUUUGAUGCCAUGUUCCCGGUCACCCACAUCGCAGGAGAAACAGUUAUCCAGCAAGGUGAUGAAGGAGACAACUUCUACGUGAUUGACCAGGGUGAAGUGGACGUGUAUGUGAAUGGUGAGUGGGUGACCAGCAUUGGAGAAGGAGGUAGUUUUGGAGAGCUGGCCCUGAUCUAUGGGACCCCCAGAGCUGCCACCGUCAAGGCCAAGACCGACCUCAAACUGUGGGGCAUCGACCGGGACAGCUACCGGCGCAUCCUCAUGGGCAGCACACUGAGGAAGAGGAAGAUGUAUGAAGAGUUCCUGAGCAAGGUCUCCAUCCUCGAGUCUUUGGAUAAGUGGGAGCGUCUGACCGUGGCUGAUGCUCUGGAGCCCGUUCAAUUCGAGGAUGGAGAGAAGAUCGUGGUGCAGGGAGAACCUGGCGAUGACUUCUUCAUUAUCACAGAGGGUAUCGCCUCUGUUCUGCAGCGCCGGUCUGACAACGAGGAGUACGUGGAGGUCGGACGCCUCGGACCCUCCGACUACUUUGGUGAGAUCGCCCUCCUCCUGAACCGUCCCAGGGCGGCCACCGUCGUCGCCCGUGGACCCCUGAAGUGUGUGAAGCUGGACCGGCCUCGCUUUGAGCGCGUUCUGGGGCCGUGCUCAGAGAUCCUGAAGAGGAACAUCCAGAGAUACAACAGCUUCAUCUCCCUCACUGUGUGACGGGUCGGCCCACCGUUCUCCACCAGCAGAGGUGUUCUACAUCAGCAUCGGGGUUUUGGUCGUGGGUGGGAGGAGUGAGGGUUCAGGGUGAAGGACACGGGUUUCACAUCCACAGGGCGCUCAUUGCCUGCCUUUUUCCGUUUUGCGCGUUUCUUUCUUUUGACCUUGUGCACUUUGAUCCAUGCUGUCACGUAGCUUUAUGUCAGAACCAACAUGCGGGGGUGUUUAAUGUGAGAGGAUCAUUUAAAUAAAUGAUAUGAAGGAGUCGUGCAUACAGUGUGCCAACUGUAUCUGAUGCACGCUCCAAGACUGACAAUGAAGGAUGUUUUCACUUUCAUUCUUUUAUGAAGGAUAAAUUCAGGAAAUAAGAAGGAAGUAAAGUCAUGUUUACGUACGGCGGGACGAAGUUAGUGCACAUUUCUUUGCUCGCUGGCUGUGGUAUGCCUUCUUUUCACUUGGGGGUGUCCGUGGAGCCAUUUAGGUCCAAUGUGAUGCUCAGACACCAACCUCUGUUCCCUCAAACGUAGCUGUAGAGGUCUGAAGUUGUUCAUUCAUUCACAAUGCUUCUUAAAUGUGCUUUUACUGCUGACAUCAGUUGGAGGCAGCUGUGUGUUGAGCUAAACGUUAACUCUGUCGACUAAUCCAUGAAAAGACCAAAACCAACAGCAGAUUGUUGAGUUUUAAACAUGUUUGGAGGCUUUAACUUCUUUAGAAGCAGCUCCACAGACUCAUGAUGGUGGUUCUUCUGCAGUCUCUGGUCUAUAACAUCACUGUAGACUGUUUUUCUUUACAUUUUUACUGUGUACACUGUUAUUCAUUCUGUCAGUGUACACAGUGAAAACUUAGCAUUACCUGAUUUUAUAACAAAGUAAACAUCAGAAAAUAAAAUGUUCUUUCCUUGGUAUCAGGUCUGCAGGUCUGGACCAGAUGAUCUUCAGCUUUUCUCCUGCUGUCAGUCACAUUGGUUCAUCCUGAACUAUUUCAUUCAUUACAAACUAUUCUGAUAUUUGGUUUAUUGGUUUGAGUCAUUUUUUUUGGUUUCUUUGCUCCUCUGUGGCAGCAGACGGACUAUCUUUGGGUUGUGAAGAACCAAACAACUAAUACAUUAAUCAAAGCAGUAACUGACAGAUUAAACUAAUCAUUAGUUGUUACUCUAAGAAAAGUCUCCAGUUUUCUUGUCCUUCUUCAGCAGCAGCCAUUCUUACCGUUCUCACUGUGGCGUCUUCCACUUUAACUUCUUUGUUGUAUUUCCUCCUCUUCUGACAACUCUGGUUUUCUUCUCGUACAUCAGAGAAACACUGACAGAUCAGACUACAGAGAUGGUUGUCAGCCUGUGGAGUUGUGUCUAAAUGUGUUAUUGUGCUCGUAUUUUUAGUGAUAAAUAAAAAAGGCUCAGUGAUGUAUUUUAGCUUUUUUGACUAUCGACCUCUGUGAGCUAAAUGAGACUUUUGAUAUUCAGAUGAAACUUAUUCUUUGGAUCAAUCGUUGCUGCUUUUGGUCUUUUCAUGAUAUUUGUUGGCAAUAAGAAAAAUCUAGAAAAUCUCUGAAGUUAUCCUUUAAGGUUUUACAGGUAUGUAGCGUGUGCAGCCAAAUGAAUUAAGCAGCUGCUUCUUUCAGCAGAAACCCUCUUUAAUCCUGCGACGGCUUGGUCUGAUCUGUGAGCUGUGGAUCUCUGGAGGUUCGAACCUCUCCGCUCUGCAGAGUCUGAAACAACCGUCCUGUAAACGCUGACUCUGUCUCAGGACUAAACCUCCAACACACAUCUGAUGCUUUUCUAAGCCGGUUUAGUUCCAUGUUUGUUGCUAUCAAAGCUUUUGCACCACCUUAGAGUUUGUAUCAUUGAGUCAAUGCACCAGUUUGAUUUAGCUGUUUUUAAGACAUGAAUUCUGUGUUAUAAAUAAGAGUUUUAAAAGUAGUAACUUGUGUUGCUUUCCUUUGAUCUGCUGCAGUCUGACGCAGCAACUGAUGUUGGAGAAAUGGGACCUUAAGGAGAAAAUCUUGUAAAAUCUGUAUUCUCUCUCUGUAUCUUUUUCUUUCAACUAUCAAACCAUCUUGAGCAAAUAAAGAUAAGCUUCUGAAAUCCUU